ACAGCUGCUCUGCAGGCCCCAGCUGUGCCACCUCCCCCAGCUCCUCUCCAGAUAGCACCUGGAGUCCUACAUCCAGCUCCACCUCCAAUUGCUCCUCCGCUGGCACAACCCUCUCCUCCUGUCACUAGAGCUGCCCAAGUGUGCGAAGCUGUACCUGUUCACCCAGUUCCUCCACAAGCUGAAAUACAGGGACUUCCUCCACCACCGCCACCUCCUCCCUUGCCUCCUCCUGGCAUUCGACCCUCCUCUCCUGUCACAGUUGCAGCCCUUUCUCACCCUCCUCCUGUCUUGCACCCUCCUCCCACUACCAUUGUCCCUGGCCCUCAUGCCCCCCUAAUGCCUCCAUCUCCACCAUCCCAAGUGAUUCCUGCUCCUGAACCCAAACGCCAUCCUUCAACUCUUCCUGUAAUCAGUGAUGCUCGAAGCGUUCUUCUGGAAGCAAUACGAAAAGGUAUUCAGCUACGCAAAGUUGAAGAGCAACGUGAACAAGAAGCUAAGCAUGAGCGCAUUGAGAAUGAUGUUGCUACCAUACUUUCUCGUCGCAUUGCUGUGGAAUACAGUGAUUCAGAAGAUGAUUCAGAAUUUGAUGAAGUGGAUUGGUUGGAGUAAAAUCAUUACAUUGCUGUACACUGCAAAAUCGAAUGCUAAUGUCUGUUGUGGUGCUUGUUCUUUGAAAGUUUGAUGGUCAUUUCUAGUGUUUUUUUGUAUUCUUUUCUCUACAUGAUUAAUCCAUGUUUUUCUACUUUUCAGUUUACAAAAAGCUCCUAGUGCAUCUUUGAAACUAAAUGUUUUACAGUGGCUUUUCUUACACAUCUUUUCUGAAAGAACAUACUUUGUUCCAAUAGACCACUAAGUAUUAAGCAUGGGCAGCUGUUGGUAGAGUAGCAGUUUCAAUUUUUUGGCAUAUCUUAAACUGUGCACUUUGUGAAUUUUAAGUUAAUGAAGGCAACUGAGAUUGACAUUCCAAGGGCAGCUGUAUGUACUAAUGAGCCUUAUGCCACUUGUGAUAGUGUUUUAAAACACUAAACCUAGCUAUCAAGAUAUCACUGCCUCGAUUACAUCUGUACAAUAGAAGUACAUAUAGUUAGCAGCACUGAACACUGAAAGGAAAAUGGAUCUUUGGGGGGUUUUAUUAUUGUUUUAUUGUUGUUUUUAAAUAAUUAUGGCCUUAUUUGAAUGUUUAGAGAUUCCCCUUCCCUUCUUCCCUCCCAGGUACAUAUUGUGUGGUACUAUUUUUGCCUGCAUAAUGAAAGUUUAAUUUUUUUUUCCUUGUGAAAUCUUUUGACUUAAACAUGCUGUGUAACUUAUGUAACUGUUAAAAUAACAGUUUGAUUUAAUAAAUGGUUCAUUUUAAAUGUU